UACAGUAUGCGAAACACAUGAGAAGGUGCUGAUGUUUGUAGUUCAGUCGAAGUUGACUACUUCAGUGCUUUAAAGUAACUGAGCUAAUUCAGAAUUUGGAUUGGGUUAUUUGAUGUCCAGUGUUAUUUUUCUCUGAUGCGGAAACGGUGAAAAAAAUUACAAAACUUGGUCGGGAGGUUUCCUCUUGCUGUUGAAAUGUCCCUGUUCCUUGUGAACAGGUAUCUUGGAGAGGAAGACGAUGGGAGCACUUUAAAGGAGUCUCGGUCUCAGGCGUUACUGGCUAAACUGCAACAGAAAGCAAAAGAGAGGCAGAAGAAAAGCUUGACAGAACAGACCGAACACCAGCAUGAAGAACAGACAGAACUACAGGACGUUAAAAAGAAAAGAAAAGCUGACGAAGACAGCGUUCAAGAGCCUCAACGAAACAAAAAGAGGAAAUCGAAAGUUGUAGCUUUGCACAGUUCAGACGCUGAUAACCAUGAUGAGCCUGCUGAAGAGAAACAGAAGAAAAAGAAAGGUGCAAAUGAGAAACAAAAGAAGAAGAAGAAGGAUAAGUCAGGCAGUUCAGCUGAAGUUGUUUCCAACACUCCUGUGAGUGGAGGAGAUGCACCAGAGGACACUGUAGGAGAAGAGCAGGCAGAGACAGAGAAGGACUCGCCAAAACAAAGCUCACAGAAGACUUCUGCUCCAACUGGAUUCACAGUUCUGGGAGGUUUUGAGAGCAAGCCUGUCCAAAAGGUACACAGAGUACUACCUCAGUGGCUUGCAGAGCCUGAUGUGAUUCACAGAGACAUUAAAAGCAACCUGGUUCCUAUCUGUGACAUCUCAGGACUUUCAGCUCAGCUCCUGAAAAAACUACACAAUAAUGGAAUUGAACAUUUCUUUCCAGUGCAAGCGGAGGUCAUUCCUGCAAUCCUGGAGAGCGCACAGCAGGGACUGCUGAUCGGACGAGGCGGCUACAAGCCCAGAGACAUCUGUGUGUCUGCACCGACAGGCAGUGGCAAGACGCUUUCAUUUGUCAUACCUGUCAUACAGGUGCUGAUGGAGCGGGCGGUGUGUGAAGUCCGGGCCUUGGCCGUGUUGCCAACCAAAGAGCUCGCCCAGCAGGUUUACAAGGUGUUCACGUCCUAUGCUGAGGGAACUGCUCUCAAAGUGGUGAUGCUGGCUGGUCAGAAGUCCUUUGCUACAGAGCAGGCUUCACUCUCAGAUUACAGAGGGGGUGUUAGACGCAGCGUAGCAGACAUUGUCGUGGCCACUCCCGGUCGACUGGUUGAUCACAUCAACAAGAAUUCAGGCUUAUGUCUGGAACAGCUCAGGUUUCUUAUCAUUGACGAGGCUGACCGGAUGAUUGACAGCAUGCACCAGUCAUGGCUUAGUCAGGUGGUGAAUGCGGUUUAUGGAUCAGGAAGCGGAUCAGAUGCCAUGUCCAUGUUCAGGAGGACAGAGCCAGCGUAUAUCACAGCAGCCAGUCUUUCUCCGCCUCAGAUGCCGCUGCAGAAGCUCCUGUUUUCUGCUACACUCACACAGAACCCUGAGAAGCUGCAACAGCUCUGCCUGCACCAGCCCAGACUCUUUAGCUCCAUCCACAGUCACUCCAACACCACAGCAGCAGCCCCCACCCACAAACAAGACCGCUUCGACUUCCCCCAAGGUCUGACGGAAUAUUAUGUGCCCUGCACAUUGAGCAAGAAGCCCCUCCUCAUCCUGCACUUCAUCCUGCGUAUGAAGCUCAGCCCCGUCCUUUGCUUCACCAACUCCAGAGACACUGCACACAGACUUUACCUGCUGGUGCAGCUCUUUGGUGGAAUUCAGGUUGCUGAGUUCUCCUCCCGACUCUCUCCUGGUGAGAGGAAGAAGACGCUAAAGAGCUUUGAGCAGGGAAAGAUCCAACUGUUGAUCAGCACAGAUGCAGCUGCCAGGGGAAUCGACAUCAGUGGGGUCAAAUGUGUUGUUAAUUAUGAUGCACCGCAGUACAUCAGGACGUACAUUCACAGGGUUGGAAGAACAGCAAGAGCAGGAAAAGCAGGCCUGGCUUUCACCUUUCUGCUCAGAGUUCAGGAGAAGAACUUUCUUCAGAUGGUGGUGGACGCAGGAAGCCCAGGGAUUCAAAAGCAGAUGGUUAAACCAGAGAACUUGAGGAGUUUGGAGGUCCGGUAUGAACAAACACUGCAGGAGCUGGCUGAUGUCAUCAAGGAUGAAAAACGCUGAUCAACGCUGACAUUCUCGUCUGAUCUGGCAAACAUCAUAUUGCCCCUUUUCAACUGUAUUUGUUGAGUUUAUUUUUGAGUUGUUUAAUAAAAUACAAAAUGCCUGUG